GUGGAAAAGAGGGAGAGAGGGGGAUAGUGAGGUAGAGAGUGGACGAGAGUCAGGAUAUUGUCAGAGAAAGGGAGAGUGGAGAGAGAAGAGAAGACAACCGAGGUUUCUAGCAGUAGGGAGUUAGAUGCAGUGGUCGCUGUUCAAUCGCGAUGGAUUUUCUGUCCGGGAUGUGCGCGUGAAGGCAUGUUGAUAAUCGGCUCAACAAUGAGGAGGUACAGAAUGGCACCAAAAGUCUGACCCCGAUUCGUGUGAGUAAAAAGAGAAAGGGGGAGGGGGUGAUAAAGGACAGAAGAAAGUAGGGAGAGAGACAGAGAAACGAGGGCAGUGGGAGAGAUUGAGAUUUAGUGCACUGGGGAGUGAACAACCCCCCACUAACGAAGGGAAAGUAAUAGAAGAAAAGAGGGGGUUUACGAAUCAGACAAAAGCCGAACGGAGUUUUGGUCAUCCGUUUUCCCAACAAUGAGUUCAGAAAAGGAAACUUCAGUGCUCUGCUGUAAAGAUUAGUGGCCUAAUUUCCAGGGGAACGACCAGAGAACAAAACAAAUCUGAAAGAAAACACCAUGUCUCGCUCAGACGAGGUGAACAAGAUGACAGAAAGCGUUUAUAAGGGAAUUAUGGACCAGUUCAACCCCAGUCUGAAGAACUUUGUGACCAUGGGGAAACACUAUGAGAAAGCCCUGACAGGAGUGACAGUCGCGGCCAAGGGCUACUUCGAUGCUUUGGUCAAACUGGGCGAACUGGCCAGUGACAGCCAGGGGUCAAAGGAACUGGGAGAUACGCUAUUCCAGAUGGCUGAGGUGCAUAGACAGAUUCAGGUUCAGCUGGAGGACGUGUUGAAGCUGUUCCAUUCUGAGCUGCUGACACAGUUGGAACAGAAGCUGGAUUUGGACAUUAAAUAUCUUACAGCCACGUUAAAGAAAUAUCAAAGUGAGCGGAAGUCAAAGUCAGAUUCGAUUGAGCGGUGCCAGUCCCAGCUGAAGAAGCUACGCAGGAAAAGCCAAGGCAGCCGCCACCCCAACAAGUAUGGAGACAGAGAGAUGCAGUAUGUGGAGCUGAUGAGUCGUCGUCAGGCGGAGCUAGACACGCUUGUUGCCGUGGGUUACCGCUCGGCACUGACCGAGGAGAGGAGACGAUACUGCUUCCUUGUGGACCGCCAGUGUUCCGUCACCAAGCUGCUCAUCAACUACCACUGCAAGGUGAGAGAACUCCUGUCGCAGAAGCUGUCGUCAUGGCAACAGUCGUGCUCCCAGCCUACUAAACUACCAGAACGAGCACUCAACCUGCUACGUCACACCGCCCCCCAGGGCCCUGGGGUUUCUGGGAUAGCUGAGCUCCUCCGACAUGCCAAACUGGGCACCGUGCAGCCGGAACAGAGGCUGUCAGUACAGGAGGUCCCUCCCCUGCUGAAUGGUGCUGCCCAGCAGCGACCCCUCCCCUCCUCUUCCCAGAGUGACGACCCCCCACCUCUAAACUCCCCCGGAUCCCAGACCUUCCACUCCCUUGCUGCCAGCGGAGGGGCCAGUGGAGGAACUGGGACGGGCUCUCCUCAGCACACUAGCAUGCCUGACAGUGCCUCAGCUAGCUCCAAUGCUAACAACAGAACAAGUGCUAAUACCGUCACCUCUGCUAACGCCGCCGCCACUUCAUCCACGUCCUCCUCCACGGUCGUCUCCAGCCAAGCCCAGCAGACCUCUCUCAUCCUGGCCACCAGUACAUCCAGCCUCUCCCCUAGUCUCAUCCCCUCCACUAUGCUUUCUCUAAGCCAGGGCUCCCCAUCCUACUCUUCCCUACAGGGCCUGGCUCUUCCCCUCAGUGCCCCCCAUAGUCCUCCACUACCCCACAGUGCACCUCUCUCCAGAGCUAUGACCCCAUCGCUGCACCACCAGGUGGUGCUCGGAGGAGGGAACACACCAUUGCUGUCCCAUAAUCCCAUGUUGAUGAAGGCAGCAGAGAUGUAUGCGACGUCGACGUUGCCGUUGCCAAGGAGACCAGUCAGCGAUGCCCGGAUGGGAGGGUUUAUGGGUUCCACUUUGCCCAGAGACAGAGUUCUACCCCUCUCCAGUCCGUCUCGCGUGGAAGCCAUGUUUGCCCAUGGUCCUGAGGAGUCAGAGGGUAGUGGAGGGGGCGGGGCGUGCCUGCUCCACUUCCUGCCAGGCGAUGCACUCAGCCUCCUCAUCUCCGAGCCUAGAGAUGGGUGGCACUAUGGCCAGAACGAGCGGACUGGACGGAAAGGCUGGUUCCCCUUCUCCUACACUCAGCCCUACCCUGCUACUCUGGAGCCCCUUGAUAGCAGCUCCCCGCUCCUCUCUAAGGUCAACAGUACCAGUACAGGCCAGUUGGAUAAGCUGGUCUCCCCGGGCCUGCCUGCCCUAACCCCUGAGUCAGAGGAGGAAGGCUCCUUCCCACCUCAAAGGGUCAGCACCUUCCGCCCACGCCCCUACAGCAUGGCUGACUCCAACCAGGUCAGCCUGAGGCCCAAGUUCAGAGGGGAAGGGGUCGAUUGGGCAGGCCCCCCUGAACGACCUGCUCUGUCAAUGCUGAUUCAAGAGCUCUCCUCAGACUUUGCCUCCCUCCCACCUUCCCCAACCAGGACCAACCCAUUUGCCCACGUCCGGCUCAGAAAGACAGUGACCAAUGAUCGCUCUGCACCCAUCAUUGAAUAGGACCUGGUUAAGCAACCUAUGGAAAGACGUUUUUUUUUUUUAUUAGCCGAAUCAUUGCCAACAAUUUAGUGGCAUUCCAGUAAUUUUCACAUGCCAUUUGGAUGCUGCGUUUCCACUGGUGAAUGUAAUAAAAAUACAUGAAUCCAGAACAGUAUUUGAGGAAUACAGAGGAAAAAAGGUGAGGAUGGGAAUUUGGAGUCAGGGAGGCUAAAAAAAAAAAGAAAAAUGUAAGACAUUUAUUUUGCAUGGCUAACACUAACAUUUGAGCCCUGAGUAUUAAUUACUGUAUCAAGAUGAUAUCUUGAUUUUUUUAUAAUGUUUAUUUUCAUUUUACAAAGAUUUUCUAGAUGUAGUUUUGUUAGUAAAUCUUUAUUAUGGUUGUUAGUCUGUAUGCGGAGUUGUGCCAAGAGAUAUUUUUCAUUGUGCCAUCAAAAGUGAUACAGGAAAUUGAAACAUUAAGAAUUGCAAUGUUUUCUUUGUAAGUUGUGAUUCAAUAGGAAUAUUUGCCAGCAGUCAGGCUUCCUUUUUCAAUACAUACAUACCAACAACCAAUCACUUACUAUGCUGAUUUAUAAAAAAAUGUCCACCAUUAUUUGGUUAGGAAAUAUUUUACUUACUAUUUUAUCAAUCAUUUUUAUUAAACAUGUUAGUAUGUGAUGUGUGCUUUAUGAGAAAUGUACUUACAAGAUCAACUGACAAAUUAAGGGAUUUCAUAUGAUUUGAUAUACCCAAAUACAGUAGAUUGCAUAGCAAAGCUGGUGCAGAUGUUUGGUACAGUAGCAAUGCAUUAUGUUGGGUAUCCCAUACUUUUGUUUGUAUAAGACAGGUAGAAGUGGUAAGAAGCAGUUGAAGGGUUUGGAUGAUGAUUCUUUGUGGAAAAGUGUUGGAGAAAUUGACAUUUUGUUGUGGGAUAAAAGUAUAAGAAAAGUGAUGGACUUCAGCUCUAGUUUUUACUAGUGUCUAGUCGACACCUAACAGAUAUUAGUUGCAUGUUUACCAAUUGCAAAUCGUACAGAACCGUAAAAAGGUUUGUUGAGGCCAAGAGGAAUGAUAACAUUGUGUCAACAUUGGAAGUGUCGAAGAAAGUAUUUGGAAAGUGGAUUAGUGUGUGAGCAAGUGCCAAUGGUAAACUAGAUGUACAAAGUAAUAUUUUUCACUCACCUUCUCUCUGUCCUCUAUCUCUCUAGUAAGACUUGUCAUCUAGAAAAGUGUUGAGAGUUGAUAGAUUGAGGGUUUAGGCUGAAAUAUUUGGGUAAAUUGAGAUGUUCUGUAUGAUCUUCUUUCUAAUUUCAGUAAUUUACAGUGUAAAUUUCCUCCUAUUUGCGUGUUAAGUUGCAGCUAAAUUCUCUAACAUAGCCUCUGAAAUGAUUGCCUUUCUUGCUAUGUGAAUUCUAACACCCAAUAAAUAACAUUCCUCAAUGUUAAAAUUGUUAACAAAUAACAUUGUUGUUUUGAAUGCUAAAGCUUAUACCAAUUACAAAAUCACACAGUGCUAUAAAAGCUAAUAUCUUGUUUAAUCUUAAGAUAAAAUGAUUUUACUAGUUUUUCUUUUAUCUUAUAGUGGCCAAUUUGUUACUGUCCUAAUCUCUGUCAAAAUAUUAUGUUUUACUCAGGGUUGAUUCUGAAGUUGCAAAUAAGUUUUGAAUUUGAACUAAUUGAGGUCACAGCCCACUUGAAGUAGAAUUUGUAAUAAUUGAAAUUCAAAAAUAUAAUAUUAUUAUUUCAUGUAUCAUAAAGAUGAUUACUUUACAUCCUGAAUGUAAGAGAACCCAAAAUUACAAAAAUACAAUUUAGUUAUAAUGUGAAUAAUGUGAAUUUUAUAUCUGUUGUUUUAAUAUGAGUCCAGAUGCUUUUGGGAAAACAUUUGUGUAAAAGAUGAGUCUACUAUAUUUCAUUAAUGGAAUUUACUCAAAUUUGGUUUAAAUUUAAUUAUAUAAAUCAUUAUUUUGCUUCCAGUAGGGUGUGACCACUUCACUAGAAUUGCAUUCAGAAAUUCCAAAUACCCUGCUUUGAUAUGAAGCUUAAUUAGACUACGAUGUAGUUAUAAAAGACUAGAACAGAAUGUUGUGGUGAAUAUUCUGGCUCUAUAUUCAGGGUGCAUCUGAUAGGAAAUGAAAAUUACUAGAGCCGGAAAGUAUUGUUGUACAACUAUGGAUAUAACAUUCUGAAAUGUUGAAAAUGAUGGUAACACCAUUUUGGUGAAACAGCUGGGAUUUCAACUUGUUCAUGUGGAAUGGAAAUGUUGGCCUACUUUGUGAUGUCCUGUCGAAUACACCACAGACUGUUCAUCUGGGUAAGGGAAUGGGCGCUAGACCAUACGUAAAUAUUUCCCAAUACCCUGAUGGUUGGAUAGGAGGUUCAGGAAAACUGCAUAUCAUUUUUUCCCCCAGAAAAUAAACACACACUGGUUUAUAGACAAACAGUAAUAAUAUUUUUUUUUAAAUUGAAAUCAGUCUGCAUUG